AUGGCAUCACAGGCUCAGGCUGUAACGAGCAAGAGCCAGAAGCCAGUUACGAAAAGGCGCCUUAGAGUCGGCGAUCCAGCAACCAGCACUGUGAAGAUCGGCCACAACUACGAUACCAAAAUGCCGAAUCCUCCCAAGCCUUCCCUGCUGGCUUCGUCCAAUAUCUCCACCGUUGGGGCCGCGUUAUUUGCGAUCGAGAAAACGACGGGUAUGCAACCGUUACCCCCACCUCGCGUCAUCCAGACGACGAUUCCUGACGGAGGUGCUACAUCGAUGUCCACAGCCUCUGCGGCAUCUCUGAUACGGGCUAACAAUCAACAACUGUACCGAUCGACAACGAUUCAGGGCAAGGCCCGCAAAGCUUCGGAAAAGCACUCUCGCAACCCUCACUUGGUCGAUGUUGAAUCGCUCUCGUUACAACAACGCGUAGAAUUGACGGCGGGGAAUACUAUACAAGUUUUCAUCGGUGACACUUGGGCCUGCAAUAUUCCUUGGCUACUGUUUCGGGCCAUGUCAACGAAGGCCCGGGAAAUCGAGGACUCCCUGCAUCUUGUUCUUCGACUUCCGGCAGGGCUUAGCAAGAAUGCACUGCUCUACAUUUUCGAGUGGCUACGUGACAUCUGUACGCGCAAGUACUUCAAGAUUGUCCGUCGCGACGUACUCGAACAGGAUGUGGCAAUCUGUCGCAUCUCCCGCAUGAUGGGCAUGAUGAGGUAUUCCCAACACGUCUUCAACUUCUACUGGGCACACUUCAACAACGUCUUACCAAAUGACGAUGAGAUCUGGACACUGGAACAGAUGUCGGCCACUGCCGAUAGGCUUGGAUUGGAAGACGACGAUGCACUUGCAUUUUUCGGUUGCGCUGCCCGAGGUAUUGCUAGGCAUAUGAAGAGUGAGCAGUUUAGCCCUGUCCAAGCCGAGCAACGUCUGCGUUCUCAUCCGAUGAUGCAGCAGGCGGUAGUCCGAAAGCUUCGCCCAAGCCGUCGCUCAAGCCGUCGCCAUACUUAGGAUGUCGAUAACUAUGAAGCUUGCGACGAGGUAGAAUGAUGAUCUCUCCAUUUUUUUGGCGAAACUUUCACCAUGGAGCGCGCUUGAUGAAGGAAUC